AUGAGCUAUUUGACUAAGAAGAAUAAAAUUAUGAUUGCAUAUUACUUGUACCGACAAAGCAAAAAGAAAGAAAAAAAGAAUUGUAGAAAAUUUUGGAUUCAUCCUAUUUUAGCACGGCGAGAAGAGUUUGGUGAAUUUCAUACGCUAUACAACCAAUUGCGAGAAGAUGAAAAAGAAUUCGCAGAUUAUUUCCGAAUGGAUGUUAAAACAUUUGAUAAACUACUCAACUUCAUACAUGAUAAAUUGAAGCACCAGAACACUAACAUGCGGGACAGUAUUACCCCCACAGAAAGAUUAGCAGUGACAUUGCGGUACUUGGCAACAGGUCACACGUUUGCCGAUUUAAGAUACGCAUUUAGAAUUGGAAAAACAACAUUAUCGUUUAUCAUUAAAGAAGUGUGUAACUGUAUAUGGUCAGAACUAGUAAACAUAUAUAUGAAAAUACCAUCAGAAAAUGAAUGGCUGAAUAUUGCUGAAGACUUUGCUGUUAUUGCAAAUUUUCCCCACUGCCUAGGUGCUGUGGAUGGGAAGCAUAUCAGAAUAAUUAAACCUACAAAAUCUGGAUCAAUGUUCUUAAAUUACAAACACUUUUUUUCUAUUGUAUUAAUGGCAGUCGUUGACACCAAUUAUAAUUUUAUAUUUGUAGAUAUUGGUGCAUAUGGCAAGGACUGCGAUUCAAGUGUUUUUAAAGAAACUGUCUUUUGGAAGAGACUGCUGAACAAUACACUUAACUUACCACAGCCUGCUCUGAUUCCAGAGACUAAUUUUCAAUUACCGUACGUAUUUGUCGCGGAUGAAGCAUUCGCGUUGCACAAAAAUGUACUGAGACCAUUUAGUGGUCGAGAACUCAAUGAAACAAUGUCAAUAUUUAAUUAUCGUCUUACUAGAGCAAGACGUUAUGUGGAAUGCGCUUUCGGCAUAAUGGCCAAUAAAUGGAGGAUCCUCCAUCGGCCUUCAAAUGUAUCUUUGGAGCUCACAGUCGACAUUGUAAAAACCUGUUGUUUAUUACAAAACUUCAUACAUAAAGAACAGGGCAUAGGUAAUUUAAUUGUCGAUUCAGGCUUUGAACUACAGACACUGUCACGAUCAGAAUAUGCAGAUCCUUUAAUAGCAGACAAUGUUCGUCAAAAUUUUGCUGAAUAUUUUGUUUCUCCUCAGGGCAGUGUACCAUGGCAAAACAAAUAUAUAUAG